AUGUCGCCAAAAACACUGAUCAAGCUGGUGCUCAACAACAAGCCGCUUCUGCACCCACCGUCGCUGCUGCUGCUGCUGCUGAUGCUGCUGCCGCCAGUGCUCCCGCUCCCGUCGCUCCACAGAGAACUGCCCCCCUCCUUCACCCUACCCCAUCUCCACCAGCAGCUUCCUGAUCUCCACCUGUCGGGAGCCUACCACUACAUGCCACCGCUGCAACAGCGGCUUCCACCUAGAGAGCUGUCGAUCUCGGGGCCGCCAUCGCAAGCGUUUGGGCCCCAGCAGCAGCCUCAGCCUCAGCAACACUACUUGGCCCAGCCAAUGGUGGCCACGCCCAUGAGCCUGGUGCCCAUGUACCCCAUGCCGCCUCAACCACAGCCCUUGGCCCAGCCGAUGGCCCAGCCGUCGGCCCAGCCCUUGCCUGAACAGCCCAUGGUGGUGGCUCACCCUCACCAGCAGCAACACCUACAUCAACAACCACAUCAACAACCACAUCAGCAUUAUUCCCCUCCGCAUCACCAGCAUUAUCCUCCACACCACUUGCCUCACUACCACCUCCACCAGCACCAGCUCCCCCACGAGUACCUCCACCAGCGAGUGGCGGCGGCGCAGCCAAAGCAAAGAAGGUUCCGCAGGCGGUACUUUCAGAUUGAACGCAUCUUCAAUUGCACAUACCCCGGGUGCACCAAGGCCUAUGGCUCGUUGAACCACCUCAAUACGCACAUUCUGCAAAAGGGCCACGGCAAGAGAAAGUCCAAGGCCGACUUUAAGCACUUGGAGAUGGACGACACCACCGUCAAGACAUCGCCGUCAAGAACCUCUGUGUCUCCUUGUAGACACUCGGCGUCGCCAAGAAGACAGUCGCUAUUGCCCCCCACGCCGCCCUUCUCUACAUCGGUGGGGCCCGACAGCGAAGACACCGGGGCCAAGACCGAAGAGUCCACCCAGUCAUCAGAGGCGCCGCAGGCGCCCAAAGAGCUGCUGGCGCAUCCGAAGCCCUCCACUUCGUCGUCGUCGUUGAAUACUCCGCAAGGGUCGCUGGCGACGUUGCCGAGAAUCUUGGACAUUCUCGAUGCUCCCGUGAAGCUCCCGCUGUUGCCUUCGGUGGUGCAACAGGUGCAGACGAAGAGGUGA